ACCCUGUUAUGUUCGCCCUACUACCAGGAAAGUCAGUGGAAGUAUACAGACGGUUAUUCGAAGCUCUGGUGAGAGAGUGCGCGCAGAUAGAUCUGAUCCUUCAACCAGACGUCUUAUUCAUGGACCACGAGAUAGCACCCAGAAAUGCUGCCAGGCAUGUCUUCCCAAGAACAGAUGUAAAGGCCUGCUUCUUUCACUUCGCACAGUGUAUUUGGAGAAAAGUUCAGUCGUGUGGACUUACUGAGGCAUACAGAACCGACGAGAAUGUACACCGCUUGGUACGGAGAGCAGCCGUUCUUCCGCUUGUCCCUAUCGAGGCUGUGGAAGAUGUGUGGUUCAAUGCCCUCACAGACGUAGGAGAUUUGGACCUUCCCGCAGCAGUAGAGACGUUUACCGACUAUGUUACUGAACACUGGAUCGAAGGCGAGAAGGAAGUAUGGAACCAUUUCAGCACACACGGUCCUAGAACAACCAACAACCUAGAAGGAUGGCAUAGUAUGCUGAAGAAAGUUAUCUAUCAUCCGCACCCGAACAUAUACAGUAUCAUCAGGACACUUCAAGAAAUAGAAUCCUUGAGCUACAUCCGACAGCUACAAUACUCAACGGGGGGCACCCGACCCAUCAAGAAAAGGAAGUACAGAAACAUUGACCAACAACUUGUUGCCAUGAAGGGGCGCCUACUUGAUCAGACUAUGACUGUUGUGCAGUAUGCUGAUGCCUGUUCAUAUUUUGUACAUCUUUGA